GAGAGAGAGAGACAGAGAGAGGUAUCCAAUACAUGAACAGGCACCCGCGGGGAAUCACCCCCCUCUUCCGGUCAGGGCCGGGAUUGAGAUGUGGACCUUGCCGUCUUAUACGAGGGGGGCCAAAACGGUAGAGGAAGUCCCCGAGACGGAAGGGUGGGGAGGGGACGGACUUCACUGAUUCGGAUAUUCUUCUUUCGCUCCUCUGGCGUAGUGCUGUUAUUGUUUCCAGGGCGGAGGCGGGGAAGGGAGAGGUAUAAUAGCCUUCUAUGCUGCCUUUGUUUUCUCUCUUGCACUGAGCCCUAGCCCUUUGAGUAGUGAGGCACAGCUAAUCGCCUCCCCUGCCGAACUAGCAGGCUCAGCCCCCGCCCAGUGCCCCUGAGCCCGUACAGGGGGGACAACGAGCUGUGACAGCCCCCUUGCCCUACCGCUGCUACUUCGCAGGGGAGGAGACCGAAAGGAAGUUUGCUGCCGCGCCCGCCACCCCUCGUGCGCUGUCUGGGGGAUUGGGACCCCGUCUGCUGCCAACUGCUUGGGGGCGGGCGGAGGGAAGUGAUGCCGAUCGCCUCCAACUCGCAACCUUGCGCUGUGCAGCCCGCCUCCCGCCUCUUUCCUUCCGCCUGCCUGCGGAACCACGACCGGGAAUCCGCAAAGUCCGGGGAGGACGGCGUUGAAGAUCGAUCGGAUCCCCUUCGCCAGCCGCCGCCAACCCUACACAGGCCGAGCCUCCCGGAGCAAGGAACUCAGAGCCAGGGCAGAGGCAGACACAUCGCCGCCCCGGACACCCCUGUGUCAGGUAGCAUUGGCACUUCAUUGCAAUGCCAGUCAAUCCAUCAAGAACACAUUUGCAGCAAUGACAGUGACAAGAGUGAAGACAGUUCAAGUCCCAAGAGACAACGUCUUUCUCAUUCAGUCUUUGACUAUACAGCAGCAUCACCAACUGCAUCACUGCCAAUGCGACCGUGGGAGAUAGCAUCAAAUAGGCAGCCUCCUAUGGCUCGGUCCAACCAACAUCACUUCUCUGGGGAACGCUGCAGCACACCUGCGCGAAGUAGGAGGAGUCCUCCUGCUCGCCGUCAGAGAGCAAGAAGGGAUCGUCUGUCUCGACACAAUUCUGUUAGCCAGGAUGAAAACUAUCACCACCUGUUCUAUGGACAACAGCAAGCAAUAGAAGAGCCCCAAGCCUUUAACCCUCCAAAUAUAUCCCAUCGUAUGUUGCACCCAGCUGCUCACCCGCCACAGCAGAACACAGUGAUGGUUGACAUUCAUGAUCAGAUCCAUCAGGGCACAGUCCCCGUCUCAUACACGGUGACAACAGUGGCGCCACAUGGAAUUCCACUUUGUACAGCCCAGCACAUACCACCCUGCAGCACACAACAGGUCCCAGGUUGUUCUGUGGUAUUCAGUGGACAGCACCUUCCUAUCUGUAGUGUGCCUCCUCCAAUGCUUCAAGCGUGCUCAGUCCAACAUCUACCAGUACCAUAUGCAGCGUUCCCACCCCUGAUUUCUAACGACCCAUUCCUUUUGCAUCCUUCUCACCUCUCUCCACAUCACCCGUCUCACCUGCCACCUCCAGGGCAAUUUGUUCCCUUCCAAGCACAACAGUCACGUUCACCACUUCAAAGGAUAGAGAAUGAAGUAGAAAUGCUUGGAGAACAUCUUCCUAUAGGAAGCUUUACCUACCCACCAUCAACUCAUCCACCAACACUGACUUCCUCAGCUCCUAUCCAAUUCUUAACCCAUGAUCCUUUAUACCAAGAGGUUUCAUUUGGAGUUCCUUACCCACCUUUCAUGCCUCGAAGACUCACAGGGUCACGCAGUAGAUACCGAUCACAGCAACCAAUACCACCACACUCGUACCAUCCCAGCCUAUUACCAUAUGUGCUAUCAGUGCUUCCAGUGCCACCUGCAGUUGGACCAGCUUUCAGUUUCGAGUUGGAUGUAGAAGAUGGAGAGGUAGAAAACUAUGAGGCACUGCUGAAUUUGGCAGAACGUCUAGGAGAAGCCAAACCUCGAGGACUGACAAAGGCAGACAUUGAACAGCUUCCAUCUUACAGGUUCAAUCUAAGCAACCAUCAGUCAGAACAGACAUUGUGUGUAGUGUGUAUGUGUGAUUUUGAGCCAAGACAGCUACUUAGAGUCUUACCCUGUAACCACGAGUUUCAUGCCAAGUGUGUUGAUAAAUGGCUUAAGGCAAAUCGUACCUGCCCAAUUUGCAGAGCUGAUGCUUCAGAAGUGCAUCGUGAUUCAGUAUGACUAAUCUAAGAGCACAAAUCUGGUUUGGGUGUUCUUGGUCACGUGUGUAUAUGAACUAUCCAUUAAACUUACCCAUGUGGCUUCCAGCAUUCCCUUUACACAAGAGUCAAUGGACAUUUCUUUGCACUGUGCGACUUAAUUGAUUAUAAAGCUUAUAAUUAGACUUCACAGUUGUGGGAUUGCUAUACUAACUGUGUGAUUGGAACUCCAAAGACAUUUUUUAGCUUAAUUUUGUGUGUGCACUAACUUUUCCUGGGGUUUGUGUGAUCAUUCUGAGUUUUGCUGCGAGAUUACAGUGGACAUGAUCUUUUAGUAUGUGCUUUUAUAAAAAGUGGUAGCUCCAAACAACAUAGAAAUCUACCUUCAGAUACUGUGAGUGGGCAUGAAGGGUGUGUGUGUGUGAGAGGAUGUGUGAAGUGCACUUGUGACUGGGUGUGUAUAUGUGUUUGAGAACAUAUAUACCAGCAUGUACUAAGAAUGUAUGUGUGUAGUAUUAAUUAUGCUGCAGUGUAUAAUCUUAUGCUAUUUAAACAGUACUAGUACUGUACACUGGUUUCUUUCCUUGUGUUUGGAGUCGCACACUGAAUGCAGAGGGUGCUGCAAUUAGAGACAUUUAAUAUUUUCUCCUCAAUAUACUUAAUGGUAUAAAAAGACUUUUUUACUCGCUAUUCAAACAGAUGUUAUGCUUCCCCUUUAUUGGAGGCUUUUAAAUGUACCUCUAAAGAGUGUGUUCAUUACUCAGUAUGUGAGUAACUUUGGAUUUUUACACACAAUAGGAAAUCCAAAUUUCAGUAUGACAGGUUUACUGCUUAUUUUAUCAAUAUGAAGUUGCAAUAUUGCAUAAUUCAGUUAACAAUAUUAACACUUCCAAUUGGUGACAUUAAAUGUUGAAACUUUUCUGUUCUCAGUUCUUCUAGCUGUGUUUUAUUUACGUUCAGCUGAUUUCAGAUUAGACUUGAGUUUUGAAGAUAUUGCAUUUUGUGCUCCUUCUCCAAAAGGAAGCUGAAAAGGUGUUGAGGGUCUUGUGAAAAGUUUCUUCACUUUGACCAUUAUACUUGCUAAGUAUGUAUUAUUCUUUAGUAUAUAAACAUUGGCUUUAGUCACUUAUGUUCUUUGUUUACAAGAGGGUUUGUAUACAAUUAAAAUAACCUGUAACAGGAUAUGAUUUUAUUCCUGUGACUUAAUGAACAAAAUAAAGUUUUUAACAUUUUUUCAGAGAAGUAGAACUUUCAAUUUUUGUGCUUCAGAAAGGGUUGUUGGUGGUCAUUCACUGCUAGAAUACAGUUGUCCUAGGAUGCUGCUUCUUAGCCUUCUGUAUUUUCUGAUAGGCUUGGCAUGAAUGAAUUACCCCUAUUUCUUUUUCUGUCAAGUCUCCAGAAUGUUCCACUGUAGAAGAGUAAAUUGGUACACCAUCCAGAACAAAUAAUGCUGUGAAAUGGGAAGUAACUUUCAUUUGACUGCUUUUCAAAUAAUAUUUUUUAUUUGUGCAGUUGAAAAUAUUGACUUAACACUUCAGACUGUUAAGAACUUAAAGAUGUUUUAGUGAAAUAACUGUAUCUAAACAUACCAUAGUUAAUCAAGGGAUGUGAUUUUUGGCAUCAAAAUGUUUUCUCCUAAAUUUACUGUCAAUACCUUGGUUACAAUAGUACAAGCAACACAACUACCAAUAUUGCUAUAACUUGGUGCCAGUAUGAGCUUUGUUUGUUCUUUGUCAUUUCUGAUACUUUUGUAUGCUGCUAUGCUUGAGUAUCAGUUAUAUUUUCAGACAAUGUUAUGUUUUAUAUGCUGCUUGCCCUUCUUUGAAGGUUCUACAAACCAAUUAAUUAUAGCUAUUAUUUUUGCUUGUUUCAAAUGCUCUUGUCUUUUAGUUCCAUAAAUAGUACUCAAAACUUUAGUCUGUCCAUACCUGUCAAUAAUUAAGAACGCUAAAUAAAAAUAUACUGUUAUAUCAACUUCAAAAUAUUACAACUUGCCCUCUACCCCAGGCACUAAAGAAUGGACUCCUCACAAUAAAUAACAUCAAAAAAAUCACCUAUAGUAAAUUUUAUUUUUUAGCAAAUUAAAUCAUGUAGUUAUUUUAAAAAGUAUGUGCUGUAUAUGUCUUAUAAUACUUAGGGUCUCUAAUAUAUCUGAAAAAAACCCAACCCUAGCUGUGCAGACUUAACCAUAGCAAACACUACUACACUCAGUAUUCACUUUGAAGCAUGGAAAGAAGGCACUUGUUCUAAGCUAGAUAUAAAUGCGCAAUGUACAAGGCACACUGCAUGAAUACCAAGGGGAAAGUAGUCUUUCUGUAACUGGAGAAAUCUUGGUGUGUAAUGUCCCUUUUUUGCCAGUUAAACACUGAGACAGAUGAAGAUUUAGGAGAUGGAGUAUCUAAUUUGGUGAAAUACUGAAUUUAAUUGUUGCACUACUGUGGUCGAUCUCUUCUGGAAUGUUACUUCUGUUUCCAUGGGACUCUUGGAGAUAUGUGCAGACUUGCUUCCUGUGGUUAGUGUGUAUAAACAGCACAUGUGCAUGUGUUCCAAAUCAGAUCAGACCAGGUACAACCAAGUCUUUUGUAUUGUGGCUGUCAAAAGAGAAGGGGAAGGGGAUUUAUGCUCAGCUCUUAACUGCCAUGUGCUGUGCACAUUUGUAUUUAAUGUCACAGCCCAUUGUGGUGCCUGAUGGUACCAGAAACCAGCAAGACAAAUAAACGUUCAUUGCCUUCCUACCAUACUUACCCAAGGAGGGGGGGGGCAUGUUAACAGUUUACCAUAU